CUCGCAUAACAACUAUCUUCUCCCGGCGCGCGCUUAUUUUAUUUUCAAAACACCUGUGACUGAAUCUUUUAGUUUUUUAAACAUUUAAAGCAAUUUUCUCUAAUUUACAAACAAUAAUUAAUAUAAUUUCUUACAACUUACUCAAUACGCAAAUAUUCAAUUACCAAACAUGACAAAUUCAAAUGAAAACACAACAACAGCUGCGAAUCAACAAAAAGCCAUUGAAAAAGCAGCUCGCUCUAAAAAUCCCCUCGAAACUCAACCAGAUGCAUUCAAAUAUUCCAGUUCAAAUGGUGACUACACUCUCUAUUGUAAGAACAAAUCAGACAUGGAUGCGAAAACCCUCAAAUGGGCCUUCAAGCUGGCCGAAAAGAAUGUCGGACCAUUCUACAAAGAAUCAACUAUGGGUUGGCAACCAAAAAUCAAACAAAACGAUUUAAACAAAAACUGGGCCAGGUAUUUGGUGGCUCUGGACAAGUCGAAGAAUCCCGUCGCCUAUGCCAUGUUCCGCUUUGAUCUUGACUAUGGAAAUGCUGUCUUAUAUUGUUAUGAAAUGCAAAUCGAGAAAUCCUUCCAACGACAAGGUUUGGGAAAAUUCAUGAUGACUGCUUUGGAAAAUUGUGCUAAGCACUGGGAAAUGGAAAAGGUUGUUUUGACGGUGCUAAAAAACAACCCAAUUGCUGCGGAAUUCUUCCGUAAAAUUGGUUUUGUUCUCGACGAAACUUCUCCAGAUAUCCUGGAGAAGGCUGAAUAUGAAAUCCUAAGUAAACAAAUAAGAUAGAUCAAGCUUAAAAUAAGUAUAAUGUUAUAUGUUUUUUAUUAUUAUUAAACUUUUAUUUUAAAAUACAUAAAUACGCAUAAAGUAAGCACCGUAAAU